CAAAACUACUGGAUUACCGGGGGACUAGUAAGGGUCAAUAACACUGAAGCCCAGUCUCUGUAAGGUGGAACCUCUGUGUUCCUCUCAGGUAACUCCCACAUGGCCAUCGUUCAGAAGGUGAACAACGAGGGGGAAGGGGAUCCUUUCUACGAGGUGCUGGGUCUGGUCACCUUAGAGGACGUCAUCGAGGAGAUCAUCAAGUCAGAGAUCCUGGACGAGUCUGACGGUUACCUAGACAGGAAGCUGAAACAUCCCGUCACUCCUCUCGAGAUCCCUCUUGAGCCUCGCAGCAGCCACGAGGAAUUUUCUCUUUUCAAACCUCCAGAGGGAGAACCAAAGAUCCACACAUCACCACAGCUGCUGCUGGCCACGCACCGCUUUCUCUCCAGAGAAGUGGAGCUCUUCAGCCCGGCUCGAGUGUCAGAGAAGGUUCUGUUCCACCUGCUCCGCCACCCCAGUGUCAACCAGGAGGUCCACUUUGAUCACAACAACCGGCUCAGCUCCAGCCACUAUCUGUACACCCGAAACCAUCCGGUGGACUACUUCAUCCUCCUGCUGCAGGGUCGUGUGGAGGUGGAAAUCGGUAAAGAAGGGCUGAAAUUUGAGAAUGGAGCAUUCACGUACUACGGCGUGUCUGCUCUCACGUUACCAUCAUCAGUGCAUCAGUCUCCAGUGGCGACCCAGCGCCACUCUCCCAGGGAUCCGUUUGAGUCUGCAGACGCCUCCAGCUCCUCCAGCUACUGUCCCGACUAUACGGUCCGAGCUCUCACUGACCUGCAGCUCAUACGGGUGACGCGUCUGCAGUAUCUGAAUGCUCUGAUGGCGUCUCGUUCCGGACAGAGUCCAGACCCACCGGAGAUCAAAGUCCUGCCCAACAGUCAGACAAAGCUGCUCAAUGAGAGAAACACUGCACAAGAGUUUCCUGUAAACUUUUCAUUCUUUGACACCAUUGAGAACUACUGUGGCAGCAGAGCCCAGGAGAGCUCCACAGAAGAAGAGGCUCAUGGGUAGCACAGGUCCUCGUUUCAAAAACACAAAAUGGUUAAAUCCACACAGAUUAUUUAAAAUUCCCUUCCUAGUUUUUGCUGAUAAAUAAUCUGUGGCUGGAGUGUAGUUUUUGGACGAUACUGGAGUGAAUUUUUGACUUUAUUUUGUUAGAUUUACUGCUCACACUUCCUUUCUCCAUCCUCAUUCCUUCAUGUCCAGCGGUUAUGUUUAUGUUUGUGUACAUAUGUUUAUAGAAAUAGAGAUGGAGGAGAGAAGGUGUGAACCUCCUGGAAAAAAUGUGGUCACAUCAUCAUCUUAAGAAGAGCAGACAUAUUCAGUCUUACGUAUCUGAUAACAUACAGAUCAAUCAGGGCAGUUCACAUUUGAUUAAAAAGGGUAGAAAAGUAGGUGAACCCUUAAUUAAAGACAUUAAAUAGCUUCAGCUCCAUAUUAAAUUUUAUUAGUGAAUUAUUUAGAUUUUCUACUGAAUCACUAAUAAAUAAACUCUUAAUAUUUAUCCGUCCAGUGACUUCACCUAUAACAACCUUUUAAUAAUAAUCUUAAUCCUGCAAACAUGAUGCUGCCUACGUUUAAUUUAGCAUGUAGCAAAACCCCUGCUUAGAGAAGCUAUACAUGGUUUCUUUAAAUAAACAUGAUCAACGCCUGGAAUAUUUAUUUAUUUUUAUGACCGUAUUUGUCCGUAUCGGUAACAAAAUCACUUAAAUAAAAAUGCUGCUUUUCUGGAUGCUUGAACAUUAACGACUCAUCAAAAUAUAGAGAAAGAACAUUCUCAAAAUCUCUAGAUUUUCCCAUAGCUCUUUCCCAAUAACCAUUUUUUAUCGUUACCAUUUAAGUUAUCAAAGUUUUAGGGAGUCAGAUGAGUAAAAAUAGUGAAAAUAGUUCAUUAGUUUUGUUUUUAAGGCAUGAAAUGAAAGUAGACCAGCCCAAAAAGGCUGUUAAAACUUAGAAAUGAUUCCUUCCUGUUGAGUUGAAAAAGAUCCAUUUUAAAAAGAAAUUUUACAAAGUUUUUCUCACUAAAAACUACAUUUGUUAGUAGGUGUGGGUGUAAACGCAUCUCUUACUCUAUACAAGUCUGUGGAGAGGUGUUUCUGAUCACUCUCAUGAAACAUUUAGGAUGAGUCAUCUGUGUCGGGCCUUUUGUGCCCCUUUAGGUCGCGGGGGCAGAAGCCUAAGCACAAUGUCUUCUUUUAAUUGACCAAAACACCUUUAGUGGUUUGUGGUCUUUAGGGACCUUACACAGUAUUUUAACCUCAACCGUCAAUAAAACUGUUACAAAGAAAAUCAAACUGAUCAAAAACAGAUUUCCACUCAGAAUAACUGAACCCAUGAGAGGUUAAAGGACCUGAUUAGAUCCAUGAUUGGAGUGUUUCAGGGGUUUGAAUGGGGAAAAAUUUUCAGUUGAAGAUGAAGAUUCAAACAUCCAUCCAUUUUGGCCACUUAUCCGUGGUCAGGUCGCGGGGGCAGUAGCCUAAGCAGGGAGACCCAGACUUCCCUUUCUCCAGCCGCUUGAAGAUUCAAACCUCUGAAAUUGACUGAAACACCUCAUUUUAUCUGUGUGGUGAAUUUAAUUAUUUUCUGCCUGUUUGAUUACAUUGGAGUAAUACCUUGUACCAUGGCACUAUAAAGACUACAAAUUAAACCCAUUAUUUACAAACAUUUAAAAUGCUAAAGCUAAAUACAUGCACACAUCUUCUAUCUUUUAUAGUAUCACAAUAUUUCAUUUCUGUUGGCGAUAGGUAAAAUUAGUGCCAUUAGGUUUGCAGAAGGUGAGAUGGUUGAAAUUAGAGUAGAGCCUAAAGCUUAGCUCAUGUGUCCUGUAGGACAAAAAAACUCUUUCUUCAAACUGAGGCUGUUCAGGAUGUUGUUUACAGUGAGUAAGAUGUUGAUUAUUUAAAAGUGUAACAGAAAAAACUCUUAGAAUAUGGUUUUCAGUUCAGCAGCGUCUGAAUACUAUGCUGAGUAGACACAUUUUCUUCCACCUGGUUAAUAAGUUCUGCUCAGAUCAACGACGCCUUGUAGCUGAGCCUUCAUGUAGGAUUUCUAUUCCUACUGAGACAAACCUAACCUCUAAAGGUUAAUCAUGUCUUCCUUAACCUGCCAUGUUUCUGACACCCUGUGUGUAUUCUGUGGGUGGUGUUAACUCUAUAGUCUUCCCAUGUGCUGUAGACUGAACCACCAGUGUUAUAGAGCUGAAGCAAAGUGCCCUUUAAUGAGCAGCCAUGUGUGUUGAGUUGGGCCCUGCAGCGCCACCUGUCUCUCUGUUGACCCUGUUUUCCUGAUUCAGUGUUAUUGCAUAUAAACAGAUUUCAGGAGGUUUGUUCCUAAAUGUGAGUUUUGAGUACAUAUAUUUUGUUAAAUUUCAUUGUAAUAAUUUAAUCUGUUUCAAAAGACUGAAUGUAGAGAGAUACUCAUAAUUGUACUUAAACUGAUGAGAGAAAAGUCUGAGUGUGUGUGUAACUGCUGAAUGAACUUAGGUUUUUCUUCUUUUUUUUUACAUGAUAGUUUGGUAAAUAGAAGAUAAGCUGAGGAUGUAGUUUAUGGAUCUGGGCCUGUUUUUUUCAGGUACAACACUGUUACCACAGGAGACAUUGAGAGUUUAUCUUCACUCUUGCUGUCCAGGUUACAUUUCUGUCAAAUGUUUGUUUUAUUAAGUUCUUUUGAGAAUGCUGUUGUUGUUUGGAUCCAUAAAGACUCUUCUACAUUUAACACUUCCAGUACUUUCUUAGGUAAUAAACUCAGUUCAAUUCUAAAA